AUGGAAGAUAUUUGCAUCUUUUGUACUGAACGCCUAGCAACUGUUACGUUCAAUGCCUGUGGACAUCGCCAAUAUUGUGCCCGCUGCUAUCGAAGAACCACGCAAGAUGGCCUUAAGAAUUGCCCAAUUUGUUACGGUCAAGUGAUAGCAGUACAGGACAGUACAGCCGUUCAACUUCGAGAAACGACCUUGAAUGAUUCCCUUAGCUUAUAUGACGAUCUGAAACAAGAUUAUCCUUUUGGCUGUCUCUUGUUUGAAGAGUGCGUUCCUCAAGAGUUUAUUGCCACUCGUGACGUUCAACAAGUCGUACGACAAGCUAUGGAAGCUGUAAAGGCAUCACGGUUGGAUUUUCGGAGGCUGAAAGUUGCCCUGAAGGAACGGCUAACCAUCGCACAGUAUCAGCUAGUCUUUGUGGAACUUAUCAAGGACGAAAAUCUGCAUGGUGUUUUGAAGCAGUUAGAUAGCCGCAAAUUUGAACGGCGAUCAGUUACCAGAUCUGUUCAGGAAAUGGUCGUUCGUACAAUCGAGUCUCCGGAUAACAAAGCUAUCGUGUCAAGGGCCGUCAUCGGUACUGCUGGAAGUGCUGUAUUCGAUUUGGCGACGAAAGGUAUUUCCGGCUUUGUCAACGCUUCUGCGACAGGGUGUGCGGCGUCAAAUGGUGCCAUGUUCGCUAUCUUCAGUGCCGUCGAGUUGUAUCGUUGGUCGAAAGGUGCAGACGGUCGCGAAGUUGCCAAAAACAUCGGGGAGCAUGCUGUUGGAUCGUUAUGUGGAUUUGGCGGCGGUUAUGGCGGAUUUUUUGGUGGCGCUGCUGCUGGUGCUGCAAUUGGCUCCGCAGUUCCCGUAAUAGGGACAGCUAUUGGCGGUGUGAUCGGUGGAAUCAUUGGCACAUUGUUUGGUGGCCUUGUCUGUGACGCAUUCGGACGGUGGGUCUACAGAAAGUUUCUACCACGUAAAGAAACUGCCCGUGUUGACACGAAGGAAAACGUUGAACACCAAAUUACUCCGGAAGAAGUUGCUGAAAAGGCAGCUGAAAAGUUUGGCAUUAACUUGCAGUUGGACAGUUUCGAAGAAGCCCAAGCAAGGUUCCGUCGAAGGCUACUGGGCAGUCAUCCUGACAAGCACCCGGAUGCCUCCGAAGAAGAACGUAAACGACUAACAGCUGAAACUACAGAUAUUUUGGCCUGCUGGUUGAUUGUUCGCGAGUACUACAACGACAGGGGACAAGUCGAGAGCGCGGAUUGCGAAGAAGGCUUCAUCAGAGCAUUUGUGCUCAAAGUCUUUGAAGCUGCCACUAAUCAAUGGCGAGUAGCGCGGACCUACUUUCAUCAUGUCGAGCUCGAUCAUGAUAUUGAUCCGGCGACAGAAAAAAUUGAAGCAAUUACAUUUUAUGUUUAG